AUGGCAAAAACUCCCAAAGAUCCCAGUUCAGACCCAACCAAUCCUCUCUUUCUUCAUCAUUCCGAUGGCCCUGGCCUUUUUCUCACCUCCCAGCCACUCGAUAACAAAAAUUACACAACAUGGAGUCGUGCUAUGUUGGUGGCCCUUGGCGUAAAGAACAAGAUUCCGUUUGUUGAUGGUUCUCUUCCAAGACCUGCUGCUGAUGACCCUACAUACGCUGCGUGGAUUCAUGGGAACAAUGUAGUUAUCUCUUGGCUUUAUAAUUCUGUUUCCAAAGAAAUUAUAACCAGCAUACUAUUUGCAAAUAUCGCCAAAGAAAUUUGGGAUGAUUUGAAAUCAAGAUUCUCCAGAAAAAAUGGUCCUCGUAUAUUUCAACUCAGGAGGCAACUUACAUCUCUUCAACAAGGAACUGAUGAUGUGAGUACCUAUUACACUAAACUAAAGUCAAUCUGGGAGGAUUUAUCAGGAUACAAACCCUCUUUUCCAUGCACCUGUGGAGGCUUGCAACAUCUUCAAGUCUACAAUGACUUAGAAUACGUAAUGUCAUUCUUGAUGGGUUUGAACGAUUCUUUCUCCCAAAUCCGUGGUCAGAUUCUUCUAUCAGAUCCACUUCCUCCAAUUGGUAAUGUAUUUUCUUUGGUUCUUCAAGAAGAAACACAAAGAGAGAUUGGUACUGCUGUAACCCACACUCCCUCUAUAAACUCUGAUAAUAUGGCUUUUGAUGUUAAUUCUUCCACAAAAUCUUCUGCUGCUGAUCACUAUAAAUUCAAUAGAAGGGAAAGGCCAAAAUGUGCAUAUUGUGGUUUAUUGGGUCACACAAAGGAUAAAUGUUAUAAGCUUGUAGGAUAUCCUCCUAACUACAACUUUAAGAAUAGACAAACUCCUGUUGCAAAUCAAGUUCUUGAAAGCCCAGAACCUUUAAAUCAGAACAAACCUGACAAUUUAACACCUGCUCAAUGCCAGCAAUUAAUCAAUUUCCUAACCAAUCAAAUGAAACUUGACAAUCCUGAUGAAGCUGUCCCUACAAAUGUGACAG